UUAAUUUUCUAACAAUAUGCUCUAUUGUUGACUUGUAGAUUGAAGCAGAAGUGCAGAGAAGGAAGGAGUUAAUUCAUCAGUCAGUGGAACGCAAGGCCCUCAUCUCAAAGGGCUACCAACGAAAACACCCAGAAGUGUACAUUCUGCAGGAUUCAUUCCUGGCCCCAGGUUUUCUGGAGAUUGUGAGGUACUGCACGUCACCGGCCGCCCACCUCCAGGGCCUCCUGAGCUCCAUCGAGUCCUUCUCAGACAAGAGGAUCUAUCGACUGCCGGUGUUCACAGAGGAGUUCUGCCAAGCCUUUGUGGAGGAGCUGGAGAACUUUGAGCAGUCGGAUAUGCCUAAAGGCAGGCCCAACACUAUGAAUAACUAUGGGGUUUUGCUAAAUGAGCUGGGGAUGGAUGAAACCCUCAUCACACCCCUGCGUGAAAAAUACCUGCAGCCCAUAACUGCCCUGCUUUAUCCUGACUUGGGGGGAGCCUGUCUGGACAGCCAUAAAGCAUUUGUGGUCAAGUACUCACUACAUGAAGACCUGGAUCUGAGCUCUCACUAUGACAAUGCAGAAGUCACUUUAAACGUUUCUCUGGGAAAAGACUUCACAGAAGGCAACUUGUACUUUGGGGAUUUCAGACAG